AACUGCUCCUACGGCUUUAAGCUUUAAACCCCUCCUACUGCUUCUUGGAGAGGUCAUGCGACCCGAAGACCGUGUUGAGCUGCUGCGUCACGCGGAUGAAGGUCGUGCGCUUGGGCAGCUCCCGCAGCGACGCGGCCCCGACGUAGGUGCACGACGACCGGAUGCCGCCCAGGAGAUCGAGGAUGACGCCCUUCACGGGCCCCUUCGCGGGCACCUCGACGGCCUUGCCCUCGCUGCUCCGGUACUCGGCGACGCCGCCGGCGUGCUUCGUCAUGGCCACCGACGAGGACAUGCCGUAGAAGAGCUUGACGCGCGACCCGUCGGGCUUGACGAUCUCGUCGCCCGCGGACUCGUCCGUGCCGGAGAACAGCCCGCCCAUCAUGAUGAAGUCCGCGCCCGCGCCGAAGGCCUUGGCGGCGUCGCCGGGGCACGUGAUGCCGCCGUCGCUCACGAUGUGGCCGCCGAGGCCGUGGGCCGCGUCGGCGCACUCGAUCACGGCGGAGACCUGGGGGUAGCCCACGCCGGUCUGCUUGCGCGUCGUGCAGACGGACCCGGGCCCGAUGCCCACCUUGACGAUGUCGGCGCCGUUCAGGAUGAGCUCCUCGGUCAUCUCGUUCGUGACGACGUUGCCCGCCAUGAUCGUGUGCGUCGGCCACUUGGCGCGCGUCUCGCGCACGCGGUCGACGAAGCACUCGGCGUAGCCGUUCGCCACGUCGAUGCAGAUGGUCGUGACCUCGGGGCAGCUCGACAGGAUCGCGUCGACCUUGGCCGCGUCCGCCGGGCUCGUGCCCAUGCUCACGGCGACGUGCCUGGCCGCGGCCGGCGCCUCGGCCACGAACGCCCGCCACGCCUCGACGGGGUAGUGCUUGUGGAUCGCGACGAGGCACCCGUGCUCGCAGAGGGCCUUGGCCAUCUCGAACGUGCCGACCGUGUCCAUGUUCGCGACCACGACCGGCACGCAGGUCAGCGUGCGGCCGCUGUGCUUGAACGUGAUCGAGCGCUCCAUGCGCACCUCCUUCCGGCUCCGGAGCGUCGAGCGCUUCGGCCGGAUGAGCACGUCCUUGAAGUCGAGCUUCGUGUCCUGCGCGGACGAAACCGUCGGCGUCGCCGCGAGUAACACGUCGGCGCGCCGUCGCCGCGAGUAACAUCGACCGCGGCGCGGACGAAACCGUCGGCGCGCCGUCGCCGCGAGGAACAUCGACCGCCGCGCGGGCGAAACCGUCGGCGCGCAGCGCUGCCAUCGAUGGCGCUGAAGGCACCGCGAGGACGCCGGAAUCCGCACCUCCUCGACGCGCAUGCACUGGGGCCGAGUGGCAGCAGCGCUGCUGUCGAGGGCGACACCGGCGAGGACGGCGGCAGCGGCCGGGCGCCCGACCCGUGCGGCGUGGCGUAGUAGUACCGACGCCAUGCUAACACGCCCACGGUUUUUUAGCCUACGAGCUAAUGCACACUUGAGCAGAGAGAGCAGCCUGCUGCGCUGCCCUUGUCUGCUGCAGGCGUCUGAACCACGAGCGAUACCGGAGCCGGCCGCGCCGUGUGCGCAGGACGCCAGCAGCGCCCGCGCGCGACGCGGUCUCCUCGUGCCACCUCGUGCCACCGCGUGAGCAGUGGUAAAU